AUGAAAAAUAUUCUCCUCUACCUAAGCUAUCUCAUGAUUGGUGCUCUUGCAGCUAGCGUCUCUCUAUUGUCAGCAGAGGAAUUGCAGCAUUUAGAUAAAGAUCCGGCCAUUACCCACAAGGUGUCAUUUGAAAUGGUGCAGAAGAUGUCGGAUACUGAAAAAGUCCCACUUGGUACUUUGCACAUAGCUUUGUUUGGUACCGUAGUUCCUAAGACAGUGCGAAACUUUGUCGAGUUAAGUAAAGGAACGUAUGGGUUUGGGUACGAAGGAAGCAUCUUCCACAGAGUAAUACCUCACUUUGUGAUACAAGGAGGUGACUUCCAGUAUGCUCUGGGUACUGGUGGCUACUCUAUUUAUAACGAUUUUGGAAGAUUUGACGAUGAAAACUUCGACUUGCACCAUAACAAGCUAGGAAGAUUAUCCAUGGCUAACGCUGGGGUAAACACGAACGGUGCACAGUUUUUUAUUACCCACUCGCAGGAAUUGUCCAACUUAGAUGGCAAGCACGUAGUUUUCGGUCAAUUAGUAGGAGGGUUUGACGUUUUGGAUGUAAUUGCAACCACUAUCGAAGAGAAAGAUAGGCCAUUGUACCCGGUUGUGAUUAAUAAGGUUACUGUUGCAAUAAUUGAUAAAGUAGCUGGAGGAGAGUACGAUCCAGCACUCUUUGAGGAGCAGACUUAUUUUUAUAGAUACAUGAUGUUCUUUUUACUAGCAACUUUGCUUGCAGUGGUAGGAAGAAAGUAUUAUUUUAAAAGGCAACUUAUCAGGGAUAAGAAAGAAGCUUCGUUUUAUAAUUAG